AUGGCCGCACCUGAGGGGGACAUGGCUGCAGGCCCCGCCUCCUCCAGGCCCGCCCCACGCAGGCCCCGCCGCUUCCUCCCCCUCUUCUUCCUCUUCCUCGCCCGCUCCUCGCUCACCUGCCGAGCUCGCGGACGCUCCGCUGGGGCCGGAACCGGGACAGAACCGGGAAAGAACCGGGGCAGAACCGGGACAGAACCGGGCCCGGCGCUGCCGCCGCCGCCGCGCAAUGCCCGGGCCGCGCCGCCUGACGAGGCCACGCCCCCUCCGCCUCACGAGGCCGCGCCCCCUCCGCCUUCCCGCCUCAGCCUCCGCCAAUCAGAUCACGCCCCCUCAGGCCAGGCCACGCCCCCUCACCGGAACCGCGCGCGGUGCGUUCUGGGUGUGCUGAGUGCAGGUGAGCCCGAGGAGGGCCAGGUGCGCCUGGCCGGGGGCCCGCACAGGUGCGCGGGGCGCGUCGAGGUGUUCCACGCGGGCAGGUGGGGCACGGUGUGCGACGACGCCUGGGACCUGGCGGACGCGCAGGUGAGCUGCCGCCAGGUGCGCUGCGGCCCCGCCCUGUGGGCGCCAGGUGCGCCUCACCUGUCCCCCCUCUCACCUGUCCGCACCUGCCCGGCAGGUUCAGGCUUGGCUGACCUGACUCACCUGCGCCUGGCGGGGGGUCCGCACAGGUGUGCUGGCCGUGUGCAGGUGCUGCACGAGGGGCGCUGGGGGGGGGUGUGCGGCCUCACCUGGGCCCCGCCCGCCGCUCGCGUCACCUGCCGCUACCUGGGCUGCGGCCCCGCCCUCCGAGCCGGCCAGGUGAGCGUCGGGAGGGAGGAGCUCACCUGGGUGGAGUCGCUCAGGUGUAACGGCAGCGAGGGGAACCUGCUGGAGUGCCAGGUGAAGGUGUGGGGCGCCCCCUACUGCCCCCACGCCACCGUCACCUGUGAGCAGCCAGGUGAGGCCCUGGCCCCUGCAAAUGCAACCCUGGCACCCUCAGGUGAGUCCUUGGCACACCCAGGUGUGCCCCCCGGCGAGGCCCCGACACACUCAGGUGCGACGCUGGCACCUUCAGGUGAGCCCGAGGAGGGCCAGGUGCGCCUGGCCGGGGGCCCGCACAGGUGCGCGGGGCGCGUCGAGGUGUUCCACGCGGGCAGGUGGGGCACGGUGUGCGACGACGCCUGGGACCUGGCGGACGCGCAGGUGGUGUGCCGCCAGCUGGGCUGCGGGCCGGCUCUGGAGGCUCCGGGCCGGGCGCGGUUCGGGCGGGGCUCGGGACAGGUGUGGCUCAGUGACCUCACCUGUGUGGGCAGCGAGAGACACCUGGGGCAGUGCCCCGGGCCCACCUGGGGAAACAACACCUGCGGGCACGGAGAGGACGCGGGGGUCGUGUGUGCAGCUCCUCUCUCCAUUCCCUCACCUGUCCAUCCCUCACCUGUCCCCCCGGAGCCCUCGGAGCCGCUGCAGGUGCGCCUGGCGGACGGGCCGCACAGGUGCGCGGGCCGCGUGGAGGUGUCACACCUGGGCAGGUGGGGCACGGUGUGCGAUGACACCUGGGACCUGAGCGCCGCCCGCGUCACCUGCCGCCACCUGGGCUGCGGCCCCGCCCUGAGCGCACCUGGGCGCGCGCGCUUCGGGCCCGGCCGCGGCCCCGUGUGGCUGGACCAGGUGCGCUGCACAGGUGAGGAGCUCACCUUGGACAGGUGCGAACGGCCGGGCUGGGGAGAGCACGACUGCGACCACAGGGAGGACGCGGGGGUGGUGUGUGCAGGUGCCAACCCCCCCCAGGUGCGGCUGCAGGGCGGCCCCGGGCCCUGCUCGGGCCAGGUGCAGGUGCUGCUGAACCACACCUGGCUGCAGGUGUGCGGCCUCACCUGGGGGCUGCCCGAGGCUCAGGUGCUGUGCAGGCAGCUGGGCUGCGGUGUGAGGGAAGGCCCCAGGUGA